UUCGAUUACGAGUACAUUGGCUAAACGAUACCAAACCAAUACAUCGUCUGCUGGGGUUUCUUUAAAUCAAGGAUCGGAGAAAACAAUGGAGAAGCGUGUUGCUGUGGUAACAGGAGCUAAUAAAGGCAUUGGAUUUGGAUUAGUUAAAGCUUUGUGUCAAAUGUUUGAAGGAGAUGUUAUUUUAACAGCUCGUGAUGUACUUAGAGGGAAAUCAGCUGUAGAGAGUUUAACUCUUGAAGGCCUACAUCCAAAGUUUCAUCAGCUGGACGUUGCUGACAUCGACAGUAUUGUCCGUUUAAAGGUAUACCUUACAGAAAACUAUGGCGGACUGGAUAUACUUAUCAACAAUGCUGGAAUCUACAGGAAUGUGACGACGGAGGACGCGAAAAGUUUCGCUGAGAACGUUGAGGACGUCAUUGAAAUCAACUACUUUGGCAGCGUCAACUGUUUCACAGUUCUUCGCCCACUGCUGAGACCUCAUGCAAGGGUGUGUAAUGUGUCCAGUAUGUAUGCCCCUUUGACGAUUAAGAAAUGUUCAUCUUAUAUAGUGUCCAAGCUGAUUGACCCUGGGAUCACGUUGGAUCAACUCUCGGCAGUAAUGAAGGACUAUGUUCAAUCUGCUAAAGAUGGCAGCUAUCUAGAACGAGGUUAUACCGAUGAAAUGUAUGGGUUUUCUAAAGUAGGCCUCAGCGUUGCCACGGCCGUACAGCAAAGAGAAUUGGAUACUUCUGGUGCUGUGGAUGUGCUGGUGAACUCGUGCUGUCCUGGUUACGUCAAGACGGACAUGAACAAGCUUUGUGGUCAUUUAACCGUGGAAGAAGGUAUUGUAAAUCCUCUGUACUGUGUAAUGCUACCGCCUAAUGUGAACAGCCCCAGAGGUCAAAUGUUACGAAACAAAGAGCCUUUUGAUUGGGUGAAUUAUCCAAUGAAGUCAAUCGAGAACUAGCUACUAAAGUGAAACACUAUUUAAAAUACAACCAAAAUGUAUUUUCAAGUUGAUAUUUUGGAUUUUCGGCAGAUCGGCACACUUUAGGCCAUUUCGUGCACAUAAUCCCUUAAGGGUUACUUCCCCUUUAUAGGUAAAGUGCAGUAUUUUCAAGAUUUUUUUUUUGACAAAUUAUCUUAGAAAAAGAUGCGUACCUCCUUUGUAUAUUGGCCUAGUAACAAAAAUCUCUGUAAACUUAUAUACUGUCAUGUGUGCUCUUUAUAAAAGUUAAAAUUCUCUAAGCACUUGUAGCAUACACUAUUGUGUGACUAUU